AUGGCGGUGGAUAUUGGCAGGGCUUGGUCCCUCCGCUCUCGCACUGAUCCGAUCUACGCCUCACGUGAAUUUUCUUUUGUUUCCUUCUUUUCUGGGAGAGCAGCAAAUGCCCAACGCCGGGAUGUAACGCCGGAUGUAAUAACCGGCAAGCAGGGCACCGCGACGGCCUCUACUCCCACCACCGCUGCCCUGUUGUCUUGCCCGAGCAGGGAACUAAGGGGUGCCGCCGGAAAUGGUCACCCGCCGCCCAUCCUCGCCGCGCACGAGACGAUCGUCAAGUGCCCUACCCCGGGCUGCUCCGGGCGAGGCCACGUCAACCAGUCGAGACACUGCCACCGCUCCCUCUCCGGCUGCCCCGUCGCCGCCGCGUCCAAGCAGGCUGCUCGGCACGCCCGCCAACGCAUGGCCCUGCUUCAGCAGCCCCCUCACAUACCGCUACAGCAGACAGCCCCGACGUCCGAGCGCCUGCUGCGCCCCGUGUGCCUCGUGAAGCAGCUGGACUUCUCUCAGCCGUCGCUCCCUCUGCUGCCAGGAGCCUCCGCGCCGCGCCCCGCCUCCCUCGCGUCGUCCUCCGCAGCCGCAUCUGCUCUCACCUCAUCAUCUUCGUCCUCCAGUGCGCUGUCGGCCGGCGCUCUCCCGAGCUCGCUGUCCAGCGUCGCCUCAUCCAGUGCAACCCUUGACCAGUCGGCGGCGUCAUCGUCAUCUUGCCAGUCUCCGACAGUCGGCCCGCCAGCGUCGUCGUCGUCGUCGUCGUCGACUGUCCCUGUGUCGUCUGUGGUGCCAAAGGUCGAAGCUUCCAGUGCGUCUUCCACGUCAGCUGAGUCGUCGUGUUCGGGCGGCGCCUCUGGCUCGGCUGGCCCCCCCUCUCCGCAGGGAUUCGCGUCCUUGUGCUCGCCCGCUCCUGACGAGGACGCGAGCACGGGCAGGGGAACGCCCCCGACGCCGCCUCUUGCCCCGAGCCCUCCGUGCAUCAAGGCCGAAGGCAGUUCCCCCUCGUGCUUCCCGCCAGGCGGCGCGGGCUCCCCCCCGGGCGCGUGUGGAGAGUCGGUCCUCGAGCGCGAGCACUUGAUGGAGACCGCCGCAGCGCCCGCCGCCGCCGCACGCGACCAGCCCGCCCUCAGACCCCUGGACCCUCCUAAAGCUUGCAUGGAGGACGUGGCCGGGGGAGGCAGCAGCAGCAACAGCGGCAGUGCGACCCUCACCACCACCACCUCCAGCAGAGCCAACAACAGCGCGAGAAGCGCCACGCAAAGCCCGCAUAAGGGCCUGGGCUCUCUAGGCUCGUCCGUGAGCGUGAAGGCGUCCGAGGGCGCCGGAGGGCUUGGCUGCUUCGGCUACAAGGGCGAGGACGAGGCGGGCCUCAUCCGGCCGGCGACCAUCACGGAGGUGCGGGCCAGCGAGGCGCGCUUCGACCUGCCGCACUCGUACACGACGCUCGACCUGGACCGCCAGGCCGCCAUCCCCGUCUCGCAGCCCCACAUGCCGCCCACACCCACCACGUUCGACAGCACCUCCGUUGCCGGAGGAGGCUCCACACCCGUGGGCUCCAUCACUCCGAUGACGCCCGGGCCGGGCCCCCUCGUGGGCACCAACGGGCCGCUGCUGCCCCAUGGCCCCUUCGACACCCUCAAGCCCCCCGCCACCUCAGAGUACCCCACCUCCACGCACAACAGCUUCUUCAUGAACAAGGCGUGCGGGGCGGAGGUCAAGCUGAACGACACGACGCCGUGCUCCGUGGCCUGCAUGCCGCCCGCACCGCCGAACACCAUGUACCAGAGCCCCGGCUACCGCUACGACAGCUCCGCCAUAAACCUAAGCGUGAAGACGUCGGCGCUCGGACCCAACCCCAUGUCCCCGGCGAACGUGAUGGACUUGUCGGGCCCCAUGGGCACCGGAGGCCCCAUGGUGACGUCCCCGCAGUACCCCGGCCCCGGCGUGUCCCCCUGCUACAGUGGGCCCCAGCUGGUGUCCCCGGGGAGCUCCCACGACUCCCAGCACACGAGCCAGACUCUGGACCUCUCGCUCGCCCGCCCGCCGGGAUCGCUCAGUCUGCCGGCCUACAGCGGUCCCACCAGCCCGGAGUACAGUCCGCCGUCGCGCCUUGGGACGGCCUACCCCGGCGGGGGCGCGCCCUUCCAGCAGCCUCCCAUUGACGAACAAACAGAGCCAGUGGACUUCUCCUCCCCUGCGGAACCAGUCAACUUCAGUCUCGCUCGCCCCUUGGAGUAUGGCGUCACGCCCGACUACGCCCGCGCGCCCACGGCCCCUGCUUGCCCGCCUCACGACAACGGCUAUGCAGCAACGCCCGACAGGACCCACGACUUCCGGAAUAUGAACGGUAAGCCUCUGAUAUGGUCAAGCAAUAGCCGCUCAUCUGGCUACAACUCCAUGACAACUCGGCCUUACGACGUCACCACGGCCUAUAACACCGGCUAUAUGGGCUACCAGGGCUACCAGGGAGGCUAUAUGGGGGCCGGGAGCUACGGUGCCACAAUGGGUGGGGACUACAUGACCACUACCGCCUGCACCACGCCCUAUCAGCUUUCCCCGUCACGCUCUCAACCUCCGCCCACGCCCAUGCCUGAUAGGUACGCCCGUCAUUCCUGCAACUUACCCUCACAGCUUACCCUCGCAGGCAGUAUGGGCGGGUUCAGUGGCUGCUUUAUUGUCCUUUCUUUCACUAAACGCAGACUCGUAUGUGGAGCUGUUUUUGUCUUUGUCAUUGUCAAUGCAAAUCGCAAGUAUUUUUGUGAAAAUAAACUCAGCUUCACAAACCACAGCGUGCGCGCGUAUACACGGAGCAGCAAUAGACGUGAUGGCAAAGAGUUGAUCCAGUGCCCGACGCCCGGCUGCGAUGGCAUGGGCCACGUCACGGGGAACUACGCCACACAUCGCAGUCAUAGAGAAUGGCAUGAUGGCGUCAUACUGCCACGAUGCACUCCUGACCGCAUUAAUGCUGCAGCGCAGUAUGAGGUGUGGGAUGAAGGAAGAAGGAAACCAAUUCGUAGUGGAAAGAGUGAUGUGCCUUCACCUGUAGGGGGCUGGGGACUCCUGUCCGGAUGUCCGCGCGCCGACCGAUCGAGCAUCCAGCACCAGACACAAGAACUGAAGUGCCCCACGCCGGGAUGCGACGGGUCAGGACACGUCACGGGAAACUACUCGUCGCACCGCUCGCUCUCCGGCUGCCCCAGAGCCAACAAGCCUAAACACAAGCCCAAGGAUUCUCAGGAUUCCGAGCCUCUUCGCCAACACUACAAACGUGACAUAAGCUCUCCUGAAAGCAUUGUCAACUUAUCACCGAAACCCAUUCUCAGCACACAGCCAUUCUCCAGCAACCCAUGUUAUACUAAAAUUGCCAAGCCGGAAACACUCUGCCGAACGCCAUUUGCUCCUCCUUUCCAACCGCGACAACCAAGAAGUAGUAAACUGUUAGCCACCAACUCAGAAGAACCGGCAAUACAGUGUAACAACAACCUCCACGUGACCCUCGAGCACCAGACGCUGAUCUCUGAAUGGCAUCGCCAUGUGUGGCCCUCGAUCAUACCCACCCAAAAACCUACGCGAACCAACAUCAUCCGUCGAGCCUCACCCUCAACCCACCUUCCACCAAAAACGUUGGACGCUGAUUAUGGGCAGGCACCCCAACGCAUAAAACCCUGCAAGCCCAGUCCAGAACUGACCGCUCAAGACUUCCCAAUCCAAGGAAUAGCUACCAAACCAGAACCACAUGCCACCACACCAUCCAUCGACACAAUCUCUCACCCACACCCUACUCUGCCGGAUCACCCCCUGAUGGCUAAUAAAUGCGCCUCCGACAAAACGAAUUUACCACGACUCGGCACGCGCGAACACCGUCUACCCAAGAAUAACUCAACGGGCAAUGCAUAUCCUUCAUCAAAUCCAGCAACUCUCCCACAAACUACCACCCUGCGCUAUCCAAUAUCGUUCCGCACACCGUCACGAGUCUAUUCACCAGAUAAAAUAGAGGGUUACAAGAGGCCUGAGCUCUCACAUCCAAUCAUACCGCACUAUCAUCUUCACUGA